AAUCCAUAUAACUUGAGGUUUUGAUGGCGACAAAUCGCGUGAACAAGGCUUUCUACCCUUCGUUAUCAUACAGAAAAUAGACUACCCUUCCUCCCUCCAUUGCCAAGCUACCUCAAAGGUAACAUCUUUGGUUCUGCUACCACUUGGGAAGCUUUUAAGUACAAACUCUGAUAAGAGCUCUUCUUCCCCUUGUUCCUCAUAUUACUGACAGUAGUUUGCGUUCCAGAAAAAGCUGCUUUCGCCGAGGAAGGUUGUUGGAGAAUUCAACUGACUGAUGCCGAGUUGCUGCACCAAUGACCCUGCUCGUCAUGCCUUCCAGCCGAAUUCGCAGAAGGAACCGCCGGGUUUCCCCUUCCAGGUAUCGCCGCCAGUUAUGGAACCACAGAGACAGAAUUUGAACCAUCUGUCACAUGGAGCAGCACCAAACAGCACUAUGUUCUGCACAAACUUGCACUCAAAUUCUUCAACUGACCCGGGAAUGGAUCCACGACUUGAAAUCGUUCCACCACCUCCUCCUCAUCAUCAUCAUCAUCGUCAUUAUCAUCCUCUAGCUGAUCAUCAUCAUCAUCAUCAAGCCAACUCUAGGAAAUCUCCAUUCAUUCUUGAUGAUCAAGGCAUGACGAGCAUGGAAGACUUGACAGAUUUCCUUGACAUAGCAGAAGAAAACCCUAGCCAAAACAGCAGCUUUCAUCGAUCGCAUCAGGGUAGAGAUAGUAUAAUGACAUUGAAGGAGACGAUGGGAUAUUUGUCCAAAGAGCUUGAUAUCCCUCUCGAUGAUGACGACGAUGAUGAUCAUCAUUAUGGAAGUCCAGCUCUUGAGGGUAUUUAUGAACCUCUGCCUCGCAAUCCAAGGGUACCUGUUGUUGAAUUGUACAGUAAAAAGUACAGGACUACAGAUGCUUACUUGCCUGGAUCUAGCCAUCAUCAUUCAGAGGCUGCAGGUUAUCAUAAGCAGAGAAUCAGGUGGACGACGGAGCUCCAUGACCUUUUCCUUGGAGCAGUUAGAAUCCUCGGAGGCCCUGAAAUUGCGACUCCAAAGCGCAUAAUGUCGAUUAUGAAUGUCAAGGGCUUAAACAUCUACCACGUCAAGAGUCAUUUACAGAAGUACCGGCUCCAGACACAAGAGAAAAAGCUGCCUAGCCCUGUGGAAAAGAAAACAGCUUCGUCCAACAGUGAUUCUGAUGGAAAUGUGAAUAGAGACAUGGUUGUCACAACAGCUCUACAAAUGCAGAUCGAUGUCCAGAAACUGCUGUACGACCAACUUAAGGCACAAAAGCUCCUUCAGUUGCGCAUAGAGGAGAACGCAGAAUUCCUGAAGAAGUUACUGGAAAAACAACAGAAGUCGAAUCCCAGCCUUGAUUCUCCUUCCUCAUCACAAGUAGAGCUGUCAGGAUCUACCCCAUUUGCUGAUGACUCCUCUUCUGCAAAGGCAACAAAUGUUAGAAGUCAGAGCUCAUCUCAAAUAUCGAGUAAUCAGGAAACUGAUACUACCAGAACUGAAGAUUCGAGGAGCCACAAGCGGGUUCGAGAAGAGAGAGAACAAUCCUAGAUGAUAUCCGGGGAGGGUAGAAGAGUGAUUUUACUUACUGAAGUCGGAUGUAAAUUGUGUGCAGUAUUGCAGCCUUUGCUGUUCAAUCUAUCAUAUGAAUUGAUCGAUUUUGAAAUAACUGCUACAUGUGAAAGAUUGUUAGUGUCCUACAAUUC